CACACCCGCACACACACGCAAUGGUCCGGAUCUGAAAGGUUAGACGCGACGCGAGUCGUUAUCAGAAACAAACUCCUCUUCUCCGCUUAUCUUCCACAUUCACGCGGCGGCCUUUGUUGUUGGCCGUCAACUUUCCUCUUCCUUACUUCAAAUUACGUCAAAGCCCUCCUCCUCCUCUUCGUCCACCUCCUCCUGUUCCUCUUCCUCUCCUCAGACCACAGCCGGGGGGGCAGAGCGGACCCCCCCCCCCCCCCCCCCACUCCCAGAUUCCAGAGAGUGGCGACGGCCGACGCUUUGACGUUUGAUGUGGACUCAAAAAGCCGUUUGUGUGCGGGGCACAAGGAGCCUUUGUGCGAAUGUGCUGCCGGUGCGUGUGACCCUGCUCCGUACGGGCCGGGCCGGAGAGCGAGCCGUCAUUAGCGAUGCAGAGUCAUGAGGCGCUGAUCCCAGGCCCCUGACCGCCCGUCCGCAGCGAGGACAACAUCCAUGCCAAGCUAAACGUGGUGGAUGGGCGUGCUGGCUCGGAGACAACAGCUGAAGUUGAAAGUGCUCUGCAGCUAUCUAACGAGGCGUAUGUCCUCCACUCACGCUCCCCAGACCCGGAACCGAAGAUGAACUGGGCGUCCUUCUACGCGGUGGUGAGCGGCGUGAACCGUCACUCCACCGGCAUCGGCCGCAUCUGGCUGUCGGUGCUCUUUAUCUUCCGCAUCCUGGUGCUGGUGGUGGCGGCCGAGAGCGUGUGGGGCGACGAGAAAUCGGGCUUCACGUGCAACACGCAGCAGCCCGGCUGCAACAGCGUCUGCUACGACCACUUCUUCCCCGUGUCCCACAUCCGCCUGUGGGCGCUGCAGCUCAUCCUGGUGUCCACGCCGGCGCUGCUGGUGGCCAUGCACGUGGCCCACCGCCGCCACGUCGACAAGAAGAUCCACAAGCUGGCGGGCCGCCUGGGGCCCAAGGAGCUGGAGCAGAUCAAGAGCCAGAAGAUGAAGAUCGUGGGCGCGCUGUGGUGGACCUACGUCAUCAGCCUGUUCUUCCGCAUCAUGCUGGAGGUCAUCUUCAUGUUCCUCUUCUACAUGAUCUACCCCGGCUACAAGAUGAUCCGCCUGGUGAAGUGCGACUCGUACCCCUGCCCCAACACGGUGGACUGCUUCGUGUCGCGGCCCACCGAGAAGACGGUGUUCACCGUGUUCAUGCUGGCCGUGUCGGGCGUCUGCAUCCUGCUGAACAUCGCCGAGGUCCUCUUCCUGGUGGCGAAGGCCUGCGGGAGGCAGCUCAGCAACACCAAGGACGGGGGCGGCCUCUGGGGCUGGCUGGCCCACAAGAUCUCCUACUAGCAGCACCCGCGGGACCAGGGCCAGACCUGGGACUGGACCAGAGAGGAGACCAGACUGGAUCAGACUAGACCAGAGAGGAGGCCAGACUGGAUCAGACUAGACCAGAGACUAGACACUAAACCAGACCCGACCUGGGACUAGACCAGAGAAGAGACCAUACUGGAUCAGACUAGACCAGAGACUAGACACUAAACCAGACCAGAGACUAAAGUCUAGAAACCAGAGACUAAAGACAAGAAAAGACCAGAGACAAGAGUAGACCAGAGACCAGAUCAGACUAGAGACCAGAUAAGACCAGAGACCAGGGUAGACCAGAGACCAGAGUAGACACUAAAGUCUAGAAACCAGAGACCAGAUAAGAAGAGAGACCACACAUGCACCUCCCCCCCCCCCCCCCCCCCACGACACACACGGACAUCUCAGAGUCUUACGGAACUAACACGUUUAAUUAACCUCCUCUAAUUCAGCUUCAGUGAAGUUUCCUGCUGCGGACCCCCUGAUGAGAGGAUGAACGGCCAGAGACCCCCGGCGGUAACCCCCUGAUGAGAGGGUGAACGGCCAGAGACCCCCGGCGGUAACCCCCUGAUGAGAGGAUGAACGACCAGAGACCCCCGGCGGUAACCCCCUGAUGAGAGGGUGAACGACCAGAGACCCCCGGCGGUAACCCCCUGAUGAGAGGGUGAGCGGCCGGAGACCCCCGGCGGUCAUACCCUUAAGACGAGCGAGACCGGACCCUUACCCGUCAGUCACAGCUGAUACAGGGACGGUCUGGGAGAGGGUUUUGGGUCUCUGGGUCUGGUGUGAACGUAUUUCUGAUGUACUGCACGGUCCCACGAUACUGCAGGUGAGUGUACCUGGGUAACACCAGUAGUAGUAUUGGUAAUGGUGAUGGUUUUGGUAAAGGUACUGAUAUUUGCACAAUAUUGUUCGACUUGUUGCUCUUGUUAUUCUGUUUUGAAUAUUUGGCCAUGUUGCUCUCCUGUAUUGUCAAUGACUGGUCAUGGUUAAACUAUAAUGACUUGUUAUUAUUAAUAAUUGUUUAUUAAUAUGUAUUAGCUUACAACGAAUGCAUUUGUCAGCCGUGGAAAAAAAAGACCAGGAGACAUGAUGAUGUAAUGACGCGUUAAUAAUGAAUGCUUAUUAAUGUAUAUAUAAUGCAAAUGAAUUGAUAUUAUAUAUUUUUAUAACAUCUUAAAUCGUGUUCACCAUUCCACUUGAAUGUAGAGUUUAUUGUAUGCUAGUAAUAUUUGAACAUAUUGCUAAUAGUGUAUUGCUAAGACUCUUUGAAUCCACACCCUCUACCCUCAUUUGCUUGAUUUAAUGUGUAAAUAUUCAUCGUGAAUGUUGACAAAGUCUUCAAUUAUUUCUUAAACACUUGAAUAAAAUAAUGUUUUUAA